AUGCCACUCCCUGUCGUCACCUAUGUUUUGGCCGGUUGGGAUCUGGGUAUCUGUGCCGAUCUCCUACUUCAGGGCGUCGUUAUUGCCCAAGUAGCCCACUACUUCACUCUUUAUCAUUCCGAUGUCCCCGCCCUUCGCAUAUUCGUUCUCGGCCUUUUGUUCCUCACGAUACUCAAGUCGAUGCAAAUGAUCGGUAUAAUGUGGGUUCAGAACGUCGAAUACUUUAUGAACCCUGGCGCUGCUGCUGCAAUGUUCACCAAACACUGGCUCAAGCAAAUCAACUUGGGUAUUUGCUUAUUUUUCGCUCGCUUUUCCGACUCUAACUCGAGAUUUGCUUCAGGAUUCGGCGGCUUGAUAACCUUUUACGUUCAAGUGUUCCUCUGUCAACGUCUUUGGGCUCUCAGCAAAAACAUCUACAUCGUUAUUCUGCUUAUGUCUGUUUUCAUCUUCUCGUUGCUGGCGGCAUUUGUGGCGACUGGUUUCACGUUUAGCGACCAGCCGCAGCGAAUAAACUGGAUUUCGAUUCACCUUGGGGUUGUCUUCGGCGGAGACCUCUUACUUUGCAGCUCAACAGCUUACUUCCUGAUGAAACACUCGAAACAAGUUUUACCGCAAACGGCAGGAAUGUUGAAUGCCAUUCUCAAACUGACGAUCCAGAGCGCUCUGCCUGGCGCACUCUGUGCCAUGAUCAACCUCAUUACUUCUCAAACUGGCGACAAGUCCAACCCAUCGAAUCCAUCCACGCUGAUCUCCAUCAUAUCUACUGAUAUGCUACCCAAGCUUUACGCGCUUAGUGCAAUGUGGACGCUGAAUUCACGGCGCUCCAUCCAACUUUCGCGCUCAACAGGCCAGAAUACGAGUAGUACAGAGGGACAGAGUGGGGGACGGAGAACUGUCAACCCUAGCGGUGGACGGGGUGUUGAACUGGGGAACUUUGGAAAGGUCCAGCGCAUCCAAGUUCGCACUCAGGUGCAAACUAUGCAUCAUACAGACGAUAACGUUGUGGUGUUUGCCCGUGACGACGAUCUAAAGCCGAGGGGAAUGGAGGAGGCCAGUCUCGAUGCAGAGACCGGCUCAACGAAGAUGUAA